UCUUCUGUUAUUACUUGGAAUGUUUGUGUCAGGAGGAGUUUGUGCAGGGGAAGGGAAGAAGUAUGCAAUUGCAAGGGGAUUUGACGUGAAAGCUUUCCUGAAGUUUAUUUCCAACGCAGGACAAUUUGUUGGUGGCGCUAUGAUGAAUGUUCCAGGUGUUAAAGUGAUCACAGCCUGUAUUCCAGAAACAUACUGUUUUUACAGUAACUAUGAUGACCCUGAUCGUAACGUAAAAUGCUCCAUGUAUAUCAUUAAAUGUAUUUAUAAGCAGCUAGCCAACAUUGGUACUUGUUUGUAUGAUCUGGCUGGAGACACCGCUAUUGAUUUACAUUAUAAUGGACUAAAUUUUCAUAAUUAUGAUCAUGUUACACUUUUGUGGGACGUCCUUAUAUGUGCAGGUGUUGAUGAAUGGACAAUGAACUAUUUGAAAGAUAUGAUUCAAAGCUAAAUAACUUAAAUACCUGUGUAAGUGUGCUUUUGUUUUUUUGUUUGGUUUUAGGUUAACUAGUUUAUAAUAUACGAAUAAUUCCUACGACACUGUUUUCGAAUUAUUGUUUAAU